UUGAAAAUAGGAAGUGCCUCGGAUUUAAAACACUUUGGUUUCUCCGUCUUUCUUGGAGAGGAACAGUUGCCUGUCACUCACUAUACAAUACUAUAAUAUACACGUAGUUAGAUCCAACCAACAACUUCACAUGGUACAAACUACAAACUAACUUUAACUAUAAUAAAGCUGCACGGCUAGUAAUCAACAAAGCCCCUUUUGCAAGUUCUCUGUCAUGGCUCGGCCUGUUAUUCAAUCAUCCUCUCUCUGUAACUCCUCCUCUGUGGAUCAUUCAAGGAUCUUGAGGACCCAGUUGAGAUUCAUGGGAAUUGAGCAACCCCAUUUCAGAUUGUUGAAUUUGCCCAACUGCAGGUAUAACUCUGCUCUAAAAUUGAAAGCCUUGAAGGAGCCAAUGACCCUAACCAAAGAAAUGAUGGAUGAAAAAGAGAUGAGUGUUGUGACUGAAAUUGAAUCGAAUGAAUUCACCACGUUGAAGCAUAGAUUUUUGAAUUACAAGAAGGACAAAUACUUGAAAAAUUUGGAGCAUUUUCAAAGUCUUGCAGAAACACAAUCACCAAAGUUUAUGGUAAUUUCUUGUGCAGACUCUCGGGUGUGUCCCUCAAACAUACUUGGAUUUCAACCAGGAGAAGCCUUUGUAGUCCGCAAUGUGGCAAAUCUGGUGCCUCCCUAUGAGAAUGGUCCUUCAGAAACAAAUGCAGCCCUUGAGUUUGCCGUUAAUUCUCUCAAAGUCCAAAACAUAUUAGUCAUUGGUCACAGCCGCUGUGGAGGCAUUCGUGCCUUAAUGAGUAUGGACAAUGAAACACCUUCAAGCUUCAUCAGAAGUUGGGUAAUAGUUGGAAAGUCUGCACGGGCAAGCACAAAAGCUGCUGCUUCCAACCUCUGCUUUGACCAGCAAUGCAAGCACUGUGAGAAGGAAUCAGUCAACUGCUCAUUGAUGAAUUUGUUUACGUACCCAUGGAUUAAGGACAAGGUGAAUAAAGGGGAGCUCUUAAUUCAUGGUGGCUACUAUGACUUUGUCGACUGUACUUUUGAGAAGUGGACUCUUGAGAACAACUCUCAAGUGGAUAAUCAAGUCUCCAUCAGAAACCGGGAAUUUUGGUGCUGAGACUCUUCUAGUCCUCUGUUUGUGUUGUUGUAUCAAGCAAUUACCUGUAAUACAAAUCUCAUUGUUUAUCCUUGUUGACAAACUAAAUGUUGUAUAAUUUUCAAGUGUGAACUCUAUUUGCCACUUGUAUUGAAAAAAAAGGAUAAGUUUCCUAUAUAUAAUUUGUUCCGCUAGUAUCAGUUUA